ACGGGGACAAAUUUUGCCCACAGGAAAAGGAAAAAUAAUUUCACCCGUGUAAUGUCAUUCCCAAGAUGUCUGUGCAAGAAAAUAAUUGAUCGAAUGGGAAAGGAACGAAUCUUCCACCCCUUUACUGUCAUUCCGAAGAAUUACCACACGGGGAAAAAUGUUGCCCACAGGAAAAGGAAAAAUAAUUUCACAUGUGUAAUGUCCUUCGCAAAAUGUGUGUGCAAGGAAAUAAUUGAUCGAAUGGGAAACGAACGAAUCUUCCACCCCUUUACUGUCAUUCCGAAUAAUUACCACACGGGGAAAAAUGUUGCCCACAGGAAAAGGAAAAAUAAUUUCACAUGUGUAAUGUCCUACGCAAAAUGUGUUUGCAAGGAAAUAAUUGAUCGAAUUGGAAACGAACGAAUCUUCCACCCCUUUACUGUCAUUCCGAAUAAUUACGGGAUGAGGCAAUAUUUUACACACAGAAAGAAAGAGUAA